AUGCCGCUCUCCGUGGGAGGUCUCGUGUGCAUUUUUUUGUCUGCCGCGUCCUUGUCGUGGGAUCAUUCGGGUUGCCUGGCGCAAGGAACAAAAGUAGAUGCAACAUGCACGGGGGCAGAAGGCGUCGUGAAUUGCGUCUGUGGAAGGGAGACAGCGGCCUCAGAGUCGCCCAGCACAGCGACCCUGUCCCCACAGUUGAACACCAUCAAAGUCACCUGUGGAUCCGGUUGGAGCUUCGUCCCCUCCAAUGUCAAUGAGGUCUGCACUGGACCUGCAGAUCAGAAGACUCUGCAGGCAUGCGAAGGUUCUAAGAGGGAGGCCAAGGCGGGGGCUGCCUCUCCCAUCUUGGAAUUUAUCACGUCAACACCAACACCCUCGCCAGCCGUCCAGUGGACAAAGGCAGAUAACCAACCCAGUUCGCUAUCAUUCCCGCCCUCCAACUUCCCGUUCACCGACAAAGACUUCUUUGUGGGCUGCAAAAAUGAUAGUCAAUUCUGUGUCGUCCCUGUGAAAGUGAGUGCAAGAAAAUCUGUUCUUAGUGACAAUGUCCUCGUGUGCGCAUACGGCGCCGACAGCAACGAAGAUGUCCCUGCGGUGACCCUGAAUUCCUCCAGCAACUCGGUGACUGUAGUCUGUGGCAGCGACGGAGAGAUGACGCCUAGCAGAGAGAGUGGAAGUGCCUAUUACUGCAAGGACAGCGCGGCAGAUGGCGAGUGCACUGAACUCGCGAGCUUGUCCGAAAUCCUGCCCGGCUUCUCGAAAGACUGGUGGACAGCAAGCGCAGAUUACGAAGGCGGAGCCCGGCUUGUCAUUCCGAAGACCGGCUUUCCCGCUGAAUCGAAAACCAUUGUGCUCGGAUGCAUGGCCAAAAAGCCAAGUGCUUCCGACAUAGAAAAAAAAGCCGAAGAUGCGUCAUCCAUUCAAGCCCGUCCUGUCUGCAAGGUGAAGGUCACCCUCAGUGCUCAGACGAGCGGCUCACCAAGCACACGAUUUUCCGUGGCUAUGGCCGCCUCGGUCGGCGCAUUUUUUGGCCUUGUCGCUCUCUCCUAA